UCCUCCCCUUGAUACAUGUGAUAUAGUUAGCCAUAGAAAAAGAAGAAGAAAAAAAAGCUUUGAGAGUGAUACUCCUUUGGAUGGUUUAUGGUUUAACGGGACUAGCAGAUCACAUCGUAUGCUCAAUUAAAUAAUGGAGAUGGAUAAUAAUUUAGAUUAUCUUUUUGGUUCGAUGGAAAUACAACCCUGCUCUAGUACACUUGAUCAAAGCGAAAAUCAAGAUCUAUCGGAAAACAAGGUAACUCUUGAAUGGAAGAAGUUUGUGGAAGAAUUACAAGAGGUAGUGGGGUACAAAUUCAAGAAUGUUAAUUUGUUGUAUCAAGCUUUUACUCAUUCUUCAUUUCAUCGAGAAGAUGAGUGUGAAUCAUACGAAAGGCUUGAAUACAUAGGUGACUCGGUGCUAAAUCUAUUGAUAGCAAAGGCUCAUUAUUUUCUAUACCUUGAUUUGGCUCCGGGACAGUUGACCCGGCUACGGGCAGCUAACGUUGACACCGAAAAACUUGCUAGGGUAGCCGCCAAAUAUGACUUUCAUAAGUAUUUACGGCACAAGAAACCUCUACUUAAGGGUCAAGUAGAAGAAUUCAAAGAUGCAAUGCUUGAGUACCCUUUGCAUUCAUCAGGACUUAUUGAUCCCCCAAAGGUGCUGGCUGAUGUUGUGGAAUCCCUCAUUGGUGCCAUUUAUAUUGACUGCAAGUUCUCCAUGGACAUAACUUGGCAGGUGGUAGAAAAUUUGUUGCAACCUAUGAUUACUCUAGAAAAUCUAGAGACUCAUCCAGUUACAAAAUUCUAUGAGGCUUGCCAAAGAAAUGGAUGGAGUGUUAAACUUAUCGAUACAUGGGAAAAAACCGGAGAAAUUGAAGUUUUUGCUGGUAAAUUUGCCGGCAAGGGAAAAUUUAGUGGCAAGAAAUUAAUUGCUCUAAAUAGGGCUGCACAUAAUGCAUAUUGUGAAAUUGUCAAAAACUUGAAAACUACUUGUGAUAAUUAUAAUUGUAAUGAAGCUCAAGACUAAUCAUUAGUUUUGAUAUUUUGUAUCAAUCUUUGUGUAUUCAUAGUUCUUACUUAUUUACUAGUCUUUAUGCGUACGUGCCUUGCACAAACGUUGUAAUAGCUAUAGAAUUUGGGACUAUAUAUUCAAAAAGUUAU